AUUGGAGGUUUAAUUCUAAGAGAUGAUAAUCAAAAACCAAUAUUUGCUCAGAUUUACUUUUAUGAUGAAUUAUUAAAAAACAAUUUAUUUGUUGAGCAAUUUGUAACCUCAGAAGCUAAAGUCAAAAUAUCAGAAAUUGCAGUUCUUCUCUAUAACUAUAACAUUCAACUUAAGUAUCAAGAUAUUGUUAUUCAAACUCAUGAAAGACAUUUAAAAAAUAUCUCUGAAUUAAAUGGUGCUUAUGAUCUAGAG